CAGGUGCAACGGCCUGCUCGCAAACACUGCCUAACUCCUAGUAGUCUCUUUACUUCUUUGACUUCCAUUUUCUAUCCAUUAAGAUAAAACCUCCUCAAAACCCUUCACUCAUUCAAGAUUUUGUUGUUUAUUAUUAUUAUUAUUAUUAUUAUAUAUUUUCUAUCAAAUUGCAUUUUCUCCGCUCAGCUGAUUUAUAAUUGGAUUUGGGGCGAGUCUUCCAAUGCUGCACGUUACGGGCCACCGUCACCGGAGGCCACUCCGAUGCGCUUGAACACUUCUACUUGUAAUAUCGAAGAUCUUUUGAAAGGGCACUGAAAUGGCCUGUUCAUGAUUUCUCAAGGGCGCAUUAGAGUGUCUAUUUGUUAUUUCAGCUACCAUAACCAGCUCAAUGAAAUAAUGUGCUGCCAGCAUCUGUCUUUAUAUAAAAAACACAGCAAUGAACAAGCAGAGUAUAUUUUCGUCCAAAUUAUCAAAGAAGUCACCAACUCUUCUCUGGUUGCUUUUUCUUUUCACUGUACUGGGAUUUGGGAUAUACAUUUGCUAUAUAUGCUUCCAGCAGAUCUCUAUUCCUUUAAAACCAAAAGGAGCAUUCAUAAAAGAUAUCACACAAGCAGCUUGUUCCAUCCAUGCCAUGUCAUCUCAAGAGAUCCACUACGUGCAUUUUCCAAAUCCCAAGACUUACAGGAGGGAGGAAUGUGAAUGUACUCCAGUUCGGCUUUUUGUUAUUAUGUCUAUGCAAAGAUCUGGAAGUGGGUGGUUUGAGACUUUGUUAAACAGUCAUCCCAAUGUAAGUUCAAAUGGGGAAAUUUUUUCUGUGAAGCAAAGAAGAAGCAAUAUAUCGACCAUCCAAGCAACUUUAGAUACUGUCUAUGCCUUAGAAUGGGUCAGCAGUUCAGCCAAAAAUGACUGUGUAGCUGCAGUGGGAUUGAAGUGGAUGCUUAAUCAGGGUGUAAUGGUUUAUCACAGAGAAAUAGCUAAUUAUUUUAACCAGAAGGGGGUAUCUGUAAUAUUUCUCUUUCGGAGAAAUCUUUUGGGGAGGAUUGUAUCUGUGCUGGCCAAUGCCUAUGAUAAAGAUGCAAAGCAAAUUAAUGGCACCCAUAAAUCUCAUGUGCAUUCAAGGGAAGAGGCUGAUUUACUUGCACGAUAUAAGCCUACACUCAACGUCAGUUCCUUGAUAUCAGACCUUUCUACUUCCGAGCAUAUGAUGGCAGAAGCUUUGGAAUAUUUUAAGAGCUGUCGCCAUUUGGUUUUGUACUAUGAGGACCUCAUGAAAAAUCACAAGGCAUUAUCUGAUGCACAAGAGUUCCUUAGAGUACCAUUUAGAAAGCUAGUAAGCCACCAAGUGAAGAUUCAUGUCAAACCCCUUUCUGAACAAAUUAAUAAUUGGGAGGAAGUUUAUAGUACACUUGAAGGAUCUAAAUACGAGUAUUUGCUACACCACCCCGAUAUUAUUUUGUAGUUUUAAUUGUCUGGUUUCUUGACGGAUGCCCUGUACAUUUCAUAAAUAUGAUAUUCCAACAUCUCGUUGUAAUUUGAUUAGACAAAUUUGUAGUGAUAGUGCGCAACAUGAGGAAGGUAAAAAGAGGUUCUUGCAUAAGCAAAAGGUAGCAAUGUACAAUGUUGUUAGAUCCUAGCUCUCCUUCCUCGAAAGGUGAUCAACUUCAACCCCAUAAUCUGAUUCCUUGAAAAGACUUUAACCAGAGAGUAUCCCGUUCGAUCUAUAAAGAUGUAAAUUUGUCUUCCACUAUAUGCAGUGAGAAGAAAUGCUAGGAAUUGAUCUUUUGCAUGCAUGUCCGUGUUUUCGUUUCUUGGCAAAAAUUGCUCAAGAAAGCACAUUCACAAGUUUUAUGGAGUACAUUUGUAUCAGAGCCUUGAAGGGCAAUCUGCAAACACAGCAACAAGUGGGAUAAGCUGGCUGGCUUUCUUUUUCUUUUUUUGGGUCACUUGCCUUUUAUCUGUAUCUUUGUUAUGAGGACUUCAUUUGUCUGUAUCCAGGAAAAAGAAAAAGAACUUCAG